CCAGUUUAUUUUCAAAGGGGGUCAAGUUUGGGAUUCAAGGUGCAAAAGUCCUGUGAGCAAGAUCUGACUGCUGAUCCCAGUUUGUAUUUGGGAGCCAUGACACAAUGGUAAUGGAAAGUCCUGAAAAGACUUCACUUUCCUUCUGUAUUUGUCCAAGGGUCUAAAGUCCUAGAGGAUGACCUAGCACUUAAGAACCCAUCCUGGGCCUUUUUAGGGCCAACAGUGAGUAAGGAGACCUGGCUGAGCCAAAGCAGUGAGACCAGGUCAAAAACAAGCCAGGUGCCUGUUCAGAAGUUCUUGACAUUUUUGCUGAGAGCCAGGCAUUUGGGGUGCAUUAGACCCUUAUCAGGGACUACUGAAUUACGUUAGUACAAUCUUUGGAAGAGUUGGGGGUUUUUCUGUUUUUGUUUUGUUUUGUUUUUCUGAGAAGAAAAGUUGGGAAAACCAAGAACUCAAGAUUGACUUAAUAGAUCCUGGUGUGUCUAAGGAAACCUGAUUAAGGAGUUUAAUCCAGGAUGGAUUUGGCAGAACCACAGCAGUUGGGCAUGUUUACAGAAAGUGAACUUAUGUCUGUGGGUAUGGACACAUUUAUCCAUCGAAUAGACUCUACUGAGGUCAUCUACCAGCCAAGACGCAAAAGGGCCAAACUCAUUGGCAAAUACCUGAUGGGAGAUUUGCUGGGAGAAGGAUCUUAUGGGAAAGUGAAGGAGAUGUUGGACUCUGAAACCCUUUGCCGGAGAGCUGUGAAAAUCCUCAAAAAGAAGAAGUUGCGUAGAAUCCCCAAUGGGGAGGCGAAUGUUAAAAAGGAAAUUCAGCUACUGAGGAGGUUACGACACAAAAACGUCAUACAGCUGGUGGAUGUAUUGUAUAACGAAGAGAAGCAGAAAAUGUAUAUGGUGAUGGAGUACUGUGUGUGUGGGAUGCAGGAGAUGCUGGACAGCGUUCCAGAGAAAAGAUUUCCAGUCUUUCAGGCUCACGGGUACUUUUGCCAGCUUAUAGAUGGGUUAGAAUAUUUGCAUAGCCAAGGAAUUGUCCACAAGGAUAUAAAACCAGGGAACCUACUGCUUACAACCAAUGGGACGCUAAAAAUAUCUGACUUAGGAGUAGCAGAGGCAUUGCAUCCUUUUGCAGAAGAUGAUACGUGCAGAACGAGCCAAGGGUCACCAGCAUUCCAGCCACCAGAAAUAGCCAAUGGCUUAGACACCUUUUCAGGCUUUAAAGUGGACAUUUGGUCAGCUGGGGUCACACUAUACAACAUUACAACAGGUCUUUACCCCUUCGAAGGGGACAACAUCUAUAAAUUAUUUGAAAACAUCGGUAAAGGGGAUUAUACGAUUCCAGGUGAUUGUGGUCCGCCACUCUCUGACCUGCUGAAAGGCAUGCUUGAAUAUGAACCAUCCAAGAGAUUUUCAAUACAGCAGAUACGGCAGCACAACUGGUUUCGUAAGAAACACCCCCAGGCAGAGGCCCUGGUCCCCAUUCCUCCCAGCCCGGAAACCAAGGACAGGUGGCGAAGUAUGACUGUGGUGCCUUAUCUGGAGGAUCUGCAUGGCUACAAUGAGGAAGAGGACGAUGACCUCUUCGACAUUGAGGAUGACAUCAUCUAUACUCAGGAUUUUACUGUACCAGGUGACGAGGAGACCUCUGAGACAGGGCUUAGAGAGGCGAGAACAGAACAGAAGAGUGAACAAUCAGAAUUUUCUCGAGAGGAAGCUCAGCCACCAGACGACAGUCUAAUGAGAGAGGAGGCAAAGGCUUAG